AUGGAGAUGGAGCACAAUCACGGCUCUCGUUCCGUGUCCGCACCGGCCGCACCAUUGUCGACACCUGCUGCUGAAACACAGGAAACACGUGCAUCUACGCAGGACGUAGAUGAGCGAGCAUGUGACUUUCUGGAGCUCAUGCUCGAGGAAGCAGAGCGACAGCACAAAACAGGGUUUGUGCCCAUGCAUGGGUCACAACAGAAACCUACGGCCAAAGAGACGACGUUUCGUGGCUGCCGUUUCAUCAAAGAGCGUCGUGCAGGAGAAGGAGGCUUCUCGACCGUGUGGCAAGUUCGUGGACCAACAGCAAUUCCUGCUUCUGUUCCUGGAGCAGAGACCGAUGCCGUGCGGAUGGAGCCUGUGGAAGAGAUCCGACAGGGGUUCUUUGCGAUGAAGCAGGUGUCACUGCGGCGCCUGGAGCCAGAAUCACGAGACGAGCUUGUACAAGAAGCCAAGCUUCUCGAACAAUUGGCACAAAUGCCAGAUCACGAGCAAUAUGUGUUGCGGUACUUCGGGCACCGUCUGAAUCGAGACACACUCAAAAUUGUACGUUCAUUUGAGUCAGACAAGACAUGUCGAUUGGAGAACUGA